CUCGUAUUUUGACCUAUAAAUCUGCCAAAAACCCUAUAAUUCGCCUACACAGUUACUUCGGCUCCGGCGUAUCAGCGUCGAGGCUAGCUCUCUCUUCCUUCGGUUUUACACGGUGACACACAAACUUAGCUCUUUUUAUUAGAGAGGAGACGAAGAGGCUUAUAGCUUUAUCAUAAAAGGAAAAUUUCACUACUUUUUGCCUGCUUUCUGCAUUGUGAUGUUUCUCUAAUUGGAAUUGAGCACAUUGCUGCGUUUUGCUUUUCUCAUAAAAAGCAAAGAAAAUUGACAUUGCUACUAAGUAACAAAACAAAAGCUAUGAAGUUUUUCUUUCGUAGUUGGUGGAAAAAGUGUGGAAUCAUCUCAAAUUUGGAAAUAAUAUUUAUUGACAAUUGAAUUUGAUAAAGUGGUCCGUUAAAUGCAAGAUUUGAAGUCAUUGAUAUAUAUAUAUAUAUGUAAGUUAUACAUAAAUAUAUUUAUAGCUUCAUUUCUUUUGUGGUUUAGGUCAUUAAAAGUCCGGACCAGAGGCUAAGAAUCUCAACCGAGCGGCGAGUUCCGCAGUCUCUGAGAUAUUCUGGAAGAUGGAGGAAGAAAGAGUGGAAAGCUCGAACAGCAUACUUCGAGGAAUCGUAGCAGAUCUUAAAGGAAGAGCCUUGUGUUACAAGCAAGACUGGGUCACUGGUCUCCGUUCUGGUUUCGGGAUUUUAGCACCAACAACGUACAUAUUUUUUGCCUCUGCACUUCCGGUCAUCGCCUUUGGCGAGCAACUUAGCCGCGAUACAGAGGGAGCGUUGAGCACAGUAGAUACGUUAGCAUCAACAGCGUUAUGUGGAGUGAUACACUCGGUGUUGGGAGGACAGCCAUUGUUGAUACUUGGAGUUGCAGAACCAACCGUCUUAAUGUACAUUUACUUGUACAACUUCGCUAAAGGAAGACCAGAAUUAGGCAACGAACUAUACUUACCCUGGGCUGCUUGGGUUUGUGUGUGGACGGCUCUGUUACUGUUCCUAAUGGCGAUCAUGAACGCAGCUGAUAUUAUUAACCGGUUUACAAGGGUCGCUGGUGAGCUGUUUGGUAUGUUGAUCUCCGUUCUGUUCAUCCAACAAGCUAUUAAGGGAAUGGUGAGUGAAUUCGGGAUGCCGAAAGAUGAAGACUCAAAACUUGAAAAGUAUCAGUUUCAGUGGCUCUACACAAACGGACUUCUCGGCCUCAUUUUCACCUUUGGCCUUCUCUACACCGCUUUAAAGAGCAGAAAAGCAAGGUCUUGGAGAUACGGAACCGGAUGGUGCAGAAGCUUCAUCGCAGACUAUGGAGUUCCUUUGAUGGUUGUGGUUUGGACUGCAUUGUCAUUCAGCACGCCGUCUAAACUCCCCUCUGGUGUACCGAGAAGACUCUUUAGUCCUCUUCCAUGGGACUCUGCUUCUUUAGAACAUUGGACUGUCAUCAAGGACAUGGGGAAAAUAUCUCCGGGGUACAUUUUCGCGGCGAUUAUACCGGCGUUGAUGAUUUCAGGGCUCUACUUCUUUGAUCACAGCGUUGCCUCGCAGCUCGCGCAGCAGAAGGAGUUCAACCUCAAGAACCCUUCUGCGUAUCACUAUGACAUUCUCUUGUUAGGUUUCAUGACGUUGAUCUGUGGAUUGCUAGGCCUGCCUCCUUCCAAUGGAGUCCUCCCUCAGUCUCCUAUGCAUACCAAAAGCCUUGCUGUUCUCAAACGACAGUUGAUUCGGAGGAAGAUGGUGAAGACAGCCAAAGAAAGCAUCAGGAGAAGAGCAACUUCCUCUGAAGUGUACGAGAAUAUGCAAGAAGUCUUCAUAGAAAUGGACAAAAGCCCACUUGCUCCAUCAAACACAACAGCGAUAAUUGAGCUGCAAGAUCUGAAGGAAGCAGUGUUGAAGAGCGAUGAGGAGGAAGGAGAGAGAAACGAGGAGAGUGGUUUCGAUCCAGAGAAGCACCUUGACGCUUACUUGCCUGUUCGAGUCAACGAGCAGAGAGUGAGCAACCUGUUGCAGUCACUGCUAGUGGCAGGUGCAGUAUUAGCUAUGCCGGCCAUUAAACUCAUACCGACUUCACUCCUGUGGGGAUAUUUCGCUUACAUGGCCAUCGAUAGCCUCCCGGGAAAUCAAUUCUUCGAACGCAUAAUGCUUCUCUUCGUCCUACCAAGCCGGAGAUUCAAGGUCUUGGAGGGAGCGCACGCGUCGUUUGUGGAGAAAGUUCCGUACAAGUCAGUGGCUGCGUUCACACUGCUGCAGAUACUAUACUUUGGACUGUGUUACGGUGUGACGUGGAUUCCGGUGGCCGGAAUCAUGUUUCCGGUUCCUUUCUUCCUCUUGAUAGCCAUCAGACAGUACAUUCUCCCGAAGCUAUUUAACCCGGCCCAUCUCCGAGAACUCGACGCCGCCGAGUACGAGGAGAUCCCCGGAACUCCUAGAAACACACUCGAACUGUCUUUCCGGUCGACUGACUCGAAGAGAGGCGUCCAAGAGAGGGAUGCUGAGAUUCUAGACGAGUUAACGACGAGCAGAGGCGAGCUCAAAGUCCGUACCACCAGUUUUAACGAAGACAAAGGCAACCAGGUUUUUUAUUUAUCCCUAGGAAAUCGUAGAAGCAGGGGAUGGGGACAUGAGGAGAGGGAGUGACCUAUCUAUCAACACCUAGAAGUUUUUUUGUUUUUACCAACCUACUACUCUCGGACAACAAGAACUCAAAACCAUUUUUUCAAGUGAUAAUCAUGAUCAAAAUCAUUUAGUAUUGUAGAUGAAAAGUCAAAACACAGAUAAUCUGUAGCUUGUUUUUUUUCUUUCUUAAACCCAAGAUGAUUUGUCAAGAUAUUCUUCUUAGCAGUUACAAAAAUUAAAGUGUUAGUUCAGAAAAUGUUACGGAUAUAUUGUAUACCAUUUAUCAAUUCUUUCUCUUCUCUUACAGAAAUUGGGACAACGAGAUAAAAAG